GCGUAGAGCUUGCGUCAGUUGCACUGGCAUUAUUAAAUUUAAUUAUCAACCACAAAAACAACGUGCUUAAAGGAGCACUAUGAUCGAGAAGCGAUUUGAACCGAUAAGGCGUUUCCGGCGCAGUCGUGAGAGCUAUUAAUUUUCCAUCAAUUCUCGCAUCCCAUGUGCAUCAAUAAGCGCUAAUUCAAAUAGCAAAGGAAGCUUAAGUUGGGUCGAGACGCCAGGUAAUCUGGUGCCGAUGGCAAUAGUAAAAUUAAUUAGCAAAGACCAUGACGAAAUGCGAAGGGACAAACAUAAACAAUUGCCCGAAAAGGAACAUUAAAUGAAUAUCGUCAAAUCAGCUCUCGGAAGGUUGCGGUAAUAAAAUAAUUUAAUACGUAAUUCCCGAAAGGACUGCAAUAAAAGAAGGAAAGGUAGUCUGGCGACGGUCAUGUUUGAGUCUGGUAGAAAUAUGAAUUGAUUACCCGUGCUGACAAAAACCAACAAGUUUUGAAAGCGUCGGUACGUGAUAGGGAAUAGAGAAGGAUAGCGCGAAAUGCAAGCGCAACAUUGAAUACCAAAUUCUAUGUAGUAGUGAGGUAGAUAGGAAUUAUUUACCCGUGCUGACGAAUGGUAACGUCAGCAUCUAAGGAGAAAGGGAGAUAGUAAUAAAUGUUGCACUGCAUGUCGUGCAACAUCUUUAAUAUUUUACCAUAAGAUUCAUGUAUAUAUAGUUUAAGAAAAUUAAAAAAUAAAGCAGUCAUCAGUUACCAGAGAAAACAGUGUGUUGCAGUUCUUUGUUGUUUUUGAAAGAAACCCCCCAGAAGGACGUCGACCAGCCACCCAGACGGACGUCGCCACCAGGAAGCCAGCACAUCAAAUCCAAGGAAUUCUCGAACAAGAGAAUUGGAUAAGUAUCCUCAAAUUAAUUAAAUAAACCUUGUUCUCCCUCCCUAGGUACAGUCCGCUGGAGAACCGUAGCCAGCAUAAAAGCGUACUUCCGCUCUUAUGCCCUACUUGUUUCUUCCCGGAUAUCCGAAAAAUUCUAAAUUCAAAGCAUAAGCGAAAUUAGAAGAAAUUUGCGCUGAAAUUAACGUCACUGACUAGAAUUAUUACUAGUCAGCCUGACAUUUUGGUGGCUCCAGAGAGGAGCGUGUCGCUAAAUUCCUUCUAAUUCACUUACGAUUAGUCAGCCUCGGGAAUAGUUGUUUCAAACUAUUUCAAGGGAAGAGUUUAUUUAAUAAAUCAAAUAUUGACAGGAUAUAUUGUCAAUAAAUUCGAGAGUAGAAACCUCCUCUUGUAAUUACAAAAGAUGGAAUUUGUGUCUAAUCCAAAUGGACAUUGUCGCCUUUGCACGAAGAAAGAUCGCGCAUUGGUCGAAAUGUUGAGAUGUGUUGAUUGCGACAGGUGGUUCCAUUCAUCGUGUGUUGGACUCGAUGAACGGCCACCAAGACCAGAAGCCUGGUAUUGCGCAAAGUGUCAAAAGCGGAAUGAUGAAUACGCCGCAAUGACGAAAGACUUGGAAGUGACAAAUAUGGCACUCCAAGCAAAAAUCGGCAGCAGCAGGGCAAUUAUUGAGCUGAUGCGAAUACACGAGAGGACCAUGUUAUCCCUCGUGACUUCCAUUCAGAAUACGGGCAUGAAAGAAGACGCAAUGUCAGUAAAUUCAGGAAACUCGAUUGAAUGGAAAAGUUAUUAUGAAACCUUGCCUAAGAUUAUCGGUAAUGCCAGAGGAAUGGAGCAGCAACCAAAGCUGCACCGAUAUGAUAUGCUGCAGCCAAGUACGACUGGUGGAACAACUGGAAUUACAAUAACCACUGGCUCAGAGGAGAACACAAGCGAUUCUGAAGAGUUAGAGUGUGAUAGUAAUGAAAAUGAUUUUGCCGGAUUCGAUGAGGACGCCGCUGGUAGCGAGAACGGAAUGUUAAGUUCUCCAAGAUCCUCAAGUACGAUUUCCGAUUUCACAAAUUCUGAAAAAGUCCAAGAACUGGAAGCAAAUCUUUGGUCGUCUACGGAAGCAUUUGGGGAAAAUGUGGUUGCCUCGGUGAGAAGUGCCACAUUAGGAUCUACCGACGAACAGAACAAAAUGGAAUCUGUUGUUGGUAUGGCACCAGCACCUGGGAAUGCAUUUGACAACAACGCUAAAGUAUUAGCUAUGUCUACGAUGGUGACUAAGAGAAAAGUCACCGCUCCUGUCAAUGCUCUCGAUGAAGCCUUCAGUGUACCCUUUGAAUAUGAAUGGAAAAGGGAAUUGGUUUAUUAUGCCAAGUUGGAUGGCAAUAGUAAAGAUACAAAUAAUUAUAUCAUCAUGCCACUACACGGGGGGUUAACGUCGGAUAAUUUUACGUUUAAGAAAGAUUCCGUGGGUGGAUCAUCAGAUGAAAAAAUUAUACGAAGUGCCAAAUCAUAUGGAUUAACGCCUCGACGUUCUCUGAACUCCUUACCUAUACCAGAACCACUACCAGGCAACAAUUUGGGUAAACUGCUCAAAGAAACAAGUUCACCGCCAUGUGUGUCGUUGGUAUGUGCAUCCGUAAGUCGAUCAGGUACAACUCCUUCAUUGCGCUCGAAUUCGCAAACCCCUCCUGAAUCAAGAGAAAUAAGGACUGGUUCCCAAGCUACCUUUGUGUGUCGAAUGAGGAACCAGGUAGCGAACCACCUCCGACUGUGGAAAAAUGUUCGAUUGAAGAAUUCGCUCGUUAAUGAUUGGACUGAAUUGGAAGAUAUUUUCAAAAAAAAAAAACGGCACAAAGUAUUCAAACAUCAAAUUUAUAGAUGUCAGGGCAUUCUCUGUUUGGAGAAAAGUAUGCAGAGACUAAUAUUUUGAAUGGAAAAUAUCAAUUUUAUUACUUCCAAACAUAACUUCGAUCCUGCUUGGACGAUGAAAGAAAAAAAAAGUUAAUGUUCAAAAUUGCUGAAAUAGAAGAAUUUUAAAAGGAAAUAAAAAUCAUGUUAAGGUAAGACAUUCCUUAUUUAGAAGAAAGAAGGAUGAUAAAGGACUAUAUGCCCAAAAAACUAUUAGUUAAAACAAAAAUUAUAUCCCUUUAUUGACACCAAGAUUAGAGUCAUGAUAGCUCUUCUCUCACGUGUAGGGACUGCUGUAAACGCGUUUCCAUUUUAGUAUAAUGGAUGAAUUAUUUUAGACCUUUCUAUGUUCAAAAGAUAGAAAUGUCAAAAAAGGGUAGUUAUUUUUACUUGUUAGUAACUCGAGGGAUACACAUCGAAAUGGCAGAAAAUUUGAGUACCGAUGCCUUUUUCGUAUGCUUUAGGAAUUUUCAGUGUCGCAGAGGUAAAGUAACUCAGCUUUACAGCGACAACGGAACUAAUUUUGUUGGAGCCGAAAGAGAGUUUAAACGCCUCCUACAAGAACUCGACACAAGAAUGAGACAAGGAGAAGCCGCAGAGUUAGAAAUUUCAUGGGUGUUUAACCCUCCAGCGGCUCCACAUUUUGGAGGCGUAUGGGAGAGGUUAAUAGGAAUAAUAAAGAAGGCGCUUAGUGUCAUGAUAGACGAUAUGUCUAAAAGGACACCUACGAGUGAAGUGCUGCGAUCAGCCUUUAUUCAAGCGGAGUGGUUUGUUAAUUCACGUCCUUUGAUACAUAGAGCUUUAAAGGAUGUGAAUGAUGAGCUAUUAACCCCCUUCCAUGCGAUUUUAGGAAGGCCGGGACAAUAUGCACCAACCAUACGUCGAGAUGAUUUCACUCACGGAUGAGAACCAGGUACUCUACUACGCCAGCGACACGACGAGCAUCGUAAUCCACUGCCAGCAUACAAUAAUAUCGCCACCCUAUAAAGAGGCCGUAGUUAGGUUAGAUUUUGAUUGUAAAAUUCAAAGUAAUAAAAGUGUUAUAUAUGGAUUUGUGAAUAGGGAAGAAAGGAAAACAAACUUAUAUUUUAAAGAAAGAAUUCAAAUAGAUUUCAAUUUAGAGCAGAAUAAAACUGAAUUACCGAAAUUAAAUAAGCCUGCAAAUCCAUUUAAUAACAAAAUUUUUACAAUAUUAACAAAUGAUGAUAAGAAACAAGAUGUAGGUGAACCCAUAUUUGAAUAUGUAAUAAUGGGUGUAGGAUUGAUAGGUAUUAUGUACGUGGUAAUAGUUAUCUAUUUACGUAUUAAAAAAUGUAAUACAACACGAAAUUCCAGAAGACCGGCGGAGUGUUUGUUUCCACUUCCGCGAAAUACGGCUGAAAGUUCGUUAUAAAAUUAGGUCUUUGCAAUUAUUUAUAGGAAUAAUAAACUUAACAGAGAGGACGAACGCAAAUUUUAUCAUUAAUUCACGAUCAUUCAUUCAUGACAAUCGCUCGAUUAUCAAAUAGGGUAAACCUUCUAGAAGAUUUACGGGGCCGGGAAUGUCGAGCGUAGAGCUUGCGUCAGUUGCACUGGCAUUAUUAAAUUUAAUUAUCAACCACAAAAACAACGUGCUUAAAGGAGCACUAUGAUCGAGAAGCGAUUUGAACCGAUAAGGCGUUUCCGGCGCAGUCGUGAGAGCUAUUAAUUUUCCAUCAAUUCUCGCAUCCCAUGUGCAUCAAUAAGCGCUAAUUCAAAUAGCAAAGGAAGCUUAAGUUGGGUCGAGACGCCAGGUAAUCUGGUGCCGAUGGCAAUAGUAAAAUUAAUUAGCAAAGACCAUGACGAAAUGCGAAGGGACAAACAUAAACAAUUGCCCGAAAAGGAACAUUAAAUGAAUAUCGUCAAAUCAGCUCUCGGAAGGUUGCGGUAAUAAAAUAAUUUAAUACGUAAUUCCCGAAAGGACUGCAAUAAAAGAAGGAAAGGUAGUCUGGCGACGGUCAUGUUUGAGUCUGGUAGAAAUAUGAAUUGAUUACCCGUGCUGACAAAAACCAACAAGUUUUGAAAGCGUCGGUACGUGAUAGGGAAUAGAGAAGGAUAGCGCGAAAUGCAAGCGCAACAUUGAAUACCAAAUUCUAUGUAGUAGUGAGGUAGAUAGGAAUUAUUUACCCGUGCUGACGAAUGGUAACGUCAGCAUCUAAGGAGAAAGGGAGAUAGUAAUAAAUGUUGCACUGCAUGUCGUGCAACAUCUUUAAUAUUUUACCAUAAGAUUCAUGUAUAUAUAGUUUAAGAAAAUUAAAAAAUAAAGCAGUCAUCAGUUACCAGAGAAAACGGUCGUUCGCAUUCAUCACUAGAAAGAAAAUUCCCGGACGAGCCCCCACCAGAAGAAGUCAUCCUCCCCUAGAAGGAAGCAUCAUCGCCCAGGAAGUACAGUCCGCUGGAGAACCGUAGCCAGCAUAAAAGCGUACUUCCGCUCUUAUGCCCUACUUGCUUCUCCCCGGAUAUCCGAAAACUUUAAUCGUAAAGUCUUAAGGCAAAUUAAAAAAGAAUUUGCGACAGG